AUGUCCAGACUUUUGAAGAUAUGUUUCUUAUUGAUAGCAAUGAAUCAUGCUGAGAUUACACACAGUCAGAACACUGAAGAUUUGCCUCCAUUAUUACACAAAGCUGUGGAGGAAAUAAUAACUGGGAAAUAUCUGAAUGCCCUCCUUGAUAUACUUCAUUUUCAGAGUUCUGAUGUCUGGACAGCAGAUAUGCUUACAAAAGUCAUGGCAUAUUUUCAUGCCCAGGAAGUUACACUGACUCUUAGCAGCCUACAGAUAUCCAUACAAAAUUACCUGAAGAACCUUUUAUACCGACCUAGGCAACUACUGUCUGAAUUUCAACAGCUUGAUCAACAGCAGUUCCAAACUGCAAUGAAGUAUCUCUUCAACAGCAGAAAGGACCAUCUUGAAAUGGGAAAUAUUAUCUUUGAUUGGGACAAGACUAGAGAGAGAAUUUUUCAAAGCCCAGGAGUAAACAGGACCUUGUUCCUUGUAACACUGGAUAAAUGCUUUCUGGCUCUGAGUGCUUUGGACUGUGUGGAUAUCCUAAGCCAGGUUUUGCGUAUGUCAGCAGUGAACUAUCUCCAGCCUGAGGUCGUUGAGAGCCUCCCAAACAUUGUGCAGGAGGAUGCUUUCAGAAACUUAUCAAGAGUAUUCAAGGACCUCUAUGACAAAACCUCAGCAAAUACACAGAGAGCUCUGUAUGGCUGGAUGAAGCAGAUUCUACAAAAAUCCUACAAUAUGAGUGAGUUCAAUGAAUCCACUGCGUGGGUCAGUGCAGACAUUUUGUGGAUUUUGGGAAGGUACAUGGUCCAUCUCCCCUUAGAAGAAAUUCUGAAAAUUAGUCUCAAUGAAAUAAAACUAUUCAUUAGCUAUGACAAUGCAACAAAGCAGUUGGACACAGUGUAUGAUAUCACACCAGAGCUUGCACAAGCUUUCCUGGAAAGAAUAAACUCAUCAGGAUUUGAUAUGAGGAACACAUCAACUAUCUACAGGCUGGGUUUAUUGGUUUGCUUUUAUGAUGACAUGGAAGAGAUGGAUGCUGCUGUGGCCCGGGCUUUACUUCAUCAAAUGAUUAAAUGCAAUCAACUGAGAGGUUUCCAGGCUGAGGUUCAGAAGCUCAAAUAUCAACUCCUGAACAUUGCCACACACAACCAGACAUUGAAUGAUAUCCUUGGAUCUCUGUCAGAUGCUGUGGUUGGACUGACUUCAAGUCAGCUGGAAUCUUUGUCACCUGAAGCAGUGCAUAAUGCUAUUGCAACAUUAAACCAAGUCUCUGGGUGGGCAAGAAGCCAAGUUAUGAUUUUAUCCAGUAAAUACCUCUCCUAUGAAAAGGUUUUAUCGUUUUACAAUGUUAGUCAAAUGGGUGCAUUGGUGACUGGCAUUAGCACCUGGUCAUUCUACAGCAUGAACCCAAAGGAGCUUUCUCAGAUUAUUCGAGGCACAACAUCCCAAUACUUGUCUGACCUGUUGCCUGCACAACAGCAAGGGAUCCUCAGGAAGAUAGCUGCAUCUGGAGAUUUUUCUGCAUCAGUCAAAGAAAUACAAGGAGCUUUUUUUAAAGAAAUAUCUCUUUCUGAUUUAUGGAAGCAGACUGGAUAUAACUCCUCCAUGAUGAAAGAAAAAGAACUGAGGAGAAGCCAGGCUUUGUAUCUGUAUGAAUUACUGUCUAAGAAAAACUCUCCUGUUGACCUUCUCAGCACAGGACAGCUUGUGAAAGGAGUAACUUGUCAACUCAUUGAAAGCAUGGACACAGACUUCUUUUUAAGCAAUUUUAAGUUCUUUGAAAACAAUCUUCAUCUGCUUUCUCCAUAUCAGGUGAAUUGUUUGGCUUGGAAGUUUUGGGAAGUCUCCAAUGCAUCUAUACCUCCCUUCCUCUUACUAGUGCUUCCGGUUGAGUACUUGGAGUAUGUUUCUGGCCCUUUGUGUGUUCCUUUCAUUGCAAGUCUGGGGAAGACUGAGCUGAGCCUUUUGAAUCCAAGCCUUCACAAACAGAAUACUGUCCUGCAAAAGGUGCAGGAGUGCUUGAAUGGCUCCAUUGCUGAUGAAUAUGAUGUUGACCUACUUGGAAAUCUAAUCUGCCACUUACCUCCAGCCUUGCUACAUGGCAGGAUGUCCCUGAGGGCCAUGGCAACAGCCCUUCAUCAAUUCAAACUCUGCCGACAGCUCAGCCACGAGCAGAAGACUGAAAUUAAAUACAAACUCCUCGAGUUAUAUGGCUCUCCAAGCAACUGGACAGCUGAAACAACAUUAGAUGUUGGACCAUUCAUAGCUCUGCUAUCAAAAGGGGAAUUAAAUAUCCUUGCUGAAAAGUUCCCCAAUAUCAUUUUACAAAUAGCAAAGAUGACUGGACCAAUUUCUUCAGCUGAAGAGCUUCUCUCAACAGUAUUUGAAUCUGUCUCCAAUGCCACUGCCAACAUUGAAUCAUCUCUCACCAGACCUGAUUGCCUGGGAACCAGAGCUCCUUCUUCAGAUGAAAUUAUUAAAUUAGCAGAAGCAAAUGUCUUUUGGUCAGUUCAGGAACUGAAAUGCAUGGAUGCAGGGACUUUUGACAAAAAUGUGGAGCUUCUUGGGACUGUCUCAGGUUUUAACAGCUCCCAGCUUAUAGCCUUGAAGGAAAAAGCCAAGCAGGUUUGGGGAUUGCUGCCAGACUGGAAGAGUUACCACAUUGUUUCUCUGGGCCGCAUUGCUCUGGCACUCACUGAACAUGAAAUUGAAGAGCUGGAUUUGCAUUCUGUUGACACCAUUUCUGUACUUAGCCAGCAAACAGAAUGGACUCCUACCCAGGCACGAUCUAUUUUGCAAGGUUUUCUAGAAGACUCUGGGCAGACAAUCAGGAUGCUGAAAAGCUUUGAUUUACUUGGAUUAGGAGCUAUUCUCUGUGCUUUGAACUCCACAGAAAUCAUGUCCAUAAGAACUGCUGAAUUCAGUGCUGCUGUUGCAAGGAUUGGCCUGUUGUUUUGUAGCACCCCUGUUCUGAGGCAGUUUAAGAAGCUAACAGAAUCUGUGUUUGGUUCUGCUAUCACCUGGAACAGCUCUGUUUUACAGGAGAUUGGUGCUAUAGCAGGUGGUUUGAAUGAGGAUGAAUUAAAAGCUUUUGAUAAAAACUUGAUGCCCUAUUUCCAGCCAAUAGCAAUACGACGUAUACCUCCUGAAGUUUUCCAAGCAUUGUCCCCAGAACAAAUAGCAAACCUGGGUCCUGAAAAUGCCGCCACGGUCACCAGGUCACAGCGUGAGCAGCUGGAUGCGUUGCAGCUCCAGAGCCUGCAGCUGGCGCUGGACGGGGCCAGGAGCACCCCUGGGACACCGAGCAGUGGCAGCACCGCCCCGGCAGGGCACACCCCAGCUCCCAGUGCUCUGGGUGCCGCGCUGGUGCCUGGACGCUGUGGCUUUGGUGCAGCGCUGGGAGCAGCUGACUUGCAGUUUGCGGAUCCUGAAGUUCCCGUCGCUCUCUCCCGUUUUCCCUCCCCGCACUGGUUUGCGUUCGCGGCUGACGAACGCGCCCUCCUCUUCCCUUUUGUUUACCGCUCUGCAGUAAGAAUUAAACUGUGA